AUGCACCUCAAAACCCUCCUCCUCACCCUAGCUCUAACCACCCCAACUCUCAUCCACGCCAAAGAUGACACAACAACAACAGCCCCCUACUUCGGCGCCGAAGUAUCCAUCUGGCAACCCACCUACUCCGGUAUAGCGGGCAGCGUAGCCGGCAUAAACGCCAAAGAAACAACCUACCACAUCAGCUGCACCAAAGACGCCCCGAAAUCGCUCUGCCAGAUCGACAAGCCCUGGACCAUGAUCCAGGCCCAGGAGUCCUGGAGUCUGACGGGCGUUUACACGGCCUGGAGCAGUGGAAAGGAUGCCGUGACGGCUACGCAGGAUUAUUCGUGUACGUUUACGCAUUGGUCGGAGAAGGCGUCUUGUGCGUUGACGGUGAAGGCAACGGGGACUUUGGAGGGGGGGAAGUGGUCGAGUGAUGCGUCGACGAAGGUUAGUGUUGCGAGUGAUAAGGUUACGACGUGGGGGUUGUUGGUGACGGGGGGUGUGGAGAGUUUUACUAUGCCGCAGGCGACGCAGACUCCUGGGGUGGCGGUUGGAGGGGUGAUGGGUAAUGCUAGGGCGGUUGUUACUGGGAUGCCGAUUGCUGGGGCGGCGGCUGUUGCUGUUGCGGCUAUGUUUUAA